GGAGCAGGAAACACGGCGCAGCUGAGCGUAGCCAGCCACGAUGCACCAGCAGCAGUGGCAGCAGCAGCAGCAGCAGCCGCCCCGGGGUAGCAGCAGCAGCAGCAGCGGCAGCAAUAGCACCACCACCACCAACAGGAGCAGCGGCAGCAGCGGGAGGCCCUGAGAAGCAGGAGGAAACCAGAGAGGGGCGAGCUCCUGUCUCCACCACCACCCCUAAGUCGCCCUCCCCCGGUGCUCCCCACCUCUUGGGCCUCCAGCCCAAGCCCUCGCAGCUUACCCGGCUCUGGGGAUCCCCUUACCCCCAGAUCUCUCCACGCCUCGCUCUCCGCCUCCGCAAACUUUCACGCUGUUUCUGCUGCCCAGUCUGGCUUUACACCAAUGGUGGAGGCGAUAGUGGAGUUUGACUAUAAAGCUCAGCAUGAUGACGAGCUGACAAUCAGCGUGGGUGAUAUCAUCACCAAUAUCAAAAAGGAAGAUGGAGGCUGGUGGGAAGGACAGGUCAAAGGCAGAAGAGGUUUGUUCCCUGACAACUUUGUAAGAGAGAUAAAGAAGGAGAUGAAGAAAGAAACCCUUUCCAGCAAACCUCCCGAGAAACCCAUGCAGGAAGUGUCCAAUGGAAGCUCUUUGCUGUCUUCUGACACGGUUAUAAGAACCAACAAAAGAGAACGCAAUCGAAGGCGACGAUGUCAGGUAGCAUUUAGUUACCUGCCCCAGAAUGAUGAUGAACUGGAAUUGAAAGUUGGUGACAUCAUAGAGGUGGUAGGAGAGGUGGAGGAGGGAUGGUGGGAAGGCGUUCUCAACGGAAAGACCGGCAUGUUUCCUUCCAACUUCAUCAAGGAAUUGUCUGGAGAAUCAGAUGAUCUGGGAAUUGCCCAAGAGGAACAACUUAUAAAGCCAAGUCUGAGGGAAACUACAGGCUCAGAAAGUGAUGGUGGUGACUCAAGUAGUACCAAGUCAGAAGGCGCCAACGGAAUGGUCGCGGCAGCAGCAGCAAUCCAGCCCAAGAAGGUCCGGGGUGUUGGCUUUGGGGAUAUCUUCAAAGACAAACCUAUCAAGCUAAGACCAAGGUCAAUAGAAGUGGAAAAUGACUUUAUACCUGUGGAAAAGACGGUUGGGAAGAAGUUACCUCCAACAGCAGCAACUCAGGAGUCAGCAAAAAUAGAAAUGGACAACAGAACCAAGAGCAAGGAUUAUUGCAAAGUCAUAUUUCCCUACGAAGCACAGAAUGAGGAUGAACUGACAAUCAGAGAAGGCGACAUAGUCACCCUUGUCAAUAAGGACUGCAUCGAUGUAGGCUGGUGGGAAGGAGAACUGAAUGGGAGACGAGGAGUGUUUCCAGAUAACUUUGUGAAGCUUCUCCCACCUGACUUUGAAAAGGAGGGGAAUAGACCUAAGAAACCACCUCCUCCAUCAGCUCCUGUCAUCAAACAAGGGGCAGGUACAACAGAACGAAAGCAUGAAAUUAAAAAGAUACCUCCUGAAAGACCAGAAACUCUUCCAAACAGAACAGAAGAAAAAGAAAGACCAGAGAGAGAGCAAAAACUGGAUUUACAGAAGCCUUCUGUUCCUGCCAUCCCUCCAAAGAAACCUCGCCCACCCAAGACAAAUUCUCUCAGCAGACCUGGUGCGUUGCCCCCGAGAAGACCAGAAAGACCAGUGGUGCCUGUGACACAUACCAGGAGUGACAAUACAAAGAUUGACUUGGUGAUAAGUACGGUCUCCAGCACCUCAGAGAAGGACCUCUCAGACAGGAGCAAUGACAUUGACCUAGAAGGUUUUGACUCUGUAGUAUCAUCUACUGAGAAGCUCAGUCAUCCCACAACAAGCCGACCAAGAGCCACUGGUAGACGGCCUCCAUCCCAGUCUCUCACAUCUUCUUCCCUUUCAAGUCCUGAUUUCUUUGACUCUCCAAGCCCAGAAGAAGAUAAAGAGGAGCACACUUCCCUCGCACACAGAGGAAUAGACGUGUCCAAGAAGACGGCAAAGACUGUUACCAUAUCACAGGUAUCCGACAAUAAAGCCUCCUUGCCUCCAAAGCCCGGGGGGAUGGCCGCUGUUGGGAGCAGCACACAGACGCCACUCUCUUCCUCAUCCUCAUCUUCCCUUCACUCAUCGUCUUUGGGAACAACAAGUCACAGGUCAAACUCCCCUUCUCUGUUCAGCAUCGAAGGAAAGCCAAAGACUGAGCAGUUGAGCUAUGGUCAGUCAGCGGUGGAAGAACUUAGGACGCAGGUGAAAGAAUUGAGGACCAUCAUUGAAACGAUGAAGGACCAGCAAAAAAGAGAAAUUAAGCAGUUAUUGUCUGAAUUAGAUGAAGAAAAGAAGAUUCGUCUUCGAUUACAGAUGGAAGUUAACGAUAUAAAGAAGGUUCUUCAAUCAAAGUGAAUUCUUGAUAGAUGAAAUGUUACAUUAUUCAUCAUGAAUCUGAGACUCAGAUUUCUGCCCCAGCCAAAAUAACUUUGUGCCAAAUGAUUUAAGGUUUGCCUCGACAUUUCCCUGUUUGAAGGAUUAGCACAAAAUGUUUUGAAUAGCACAACACAAAAUUCCAUCCAAGAGGAAGGACUUCCCCUGUGGUGUGGUUGUGACUUAAAACUGAGUGGAUUGUGCUAACAGCUUCUCUACUUCAAGACCACAAGUGAAAUGAAAACUCAGGCAGUUUAGUCCAUAGUGGUACUAUUUUGAUGAUAUUUUCCAUAAAUAAAAUGUAUUUCAGAUUAUUGGUUUACAAGCUUUAUAAUUUUAUGAUUUUUUUAAUCGUCUUUUGUCACAAAUUCCUAUAAUGUUUGUACUACAUAUAGUUAGGAAUGAAUGUUUAUUGUUCUUUUUGCUUUGGAUAGAAAACAGCCUAAUUUUAAUUUUUGUCUUAUAGUUUAGGAUUCUCUUACAUAUGCAAUUUUAUGCCCCCAAACAAACUAUCACCUUGGAGAGAAAUUUUAGCUUAUGUAUAAUAGUGUAUUUAAAAAAAAAAAAAAGGAUAAUCUGGUCUUUGUAAUGAUCUGUGCCUUCUUUUCACCACCCUCUUGGUUGGAGCUGUUUUGAUCCAACUACCAUGAUUAUAACCCAUUACUUAAGUCCACAAGAGGCCCUUCUCUUAAUAGAUAGCUCCUCUCAAAGUAGCCAAAGGUCCCUGGAGGUGGCUAUGUGGUUGAGAGUGCUAUGUCUUACCAGCUGUGUCUUUUUAAGCUGUCCUGGGUUUGAGUUGUUCAAGGAACCAGAAAAUUCAUCUCUGCUUGUUUUUUCAUUAGCCAAAUUAAACUCCUGCCUCCUUUCCUUGCACCUUUUGAGUGAACAGAAUAUGCAUUGCUAAAGCAAAAAUAAAUAAAAGGAAAAAUGCAAAUAAAAACAAGGGGAAAAAAGUUGUAUUUUUUCACGUA